UCUUUUUCCCUAAUAUUUCAGGAUUUCCAACUGUCGUUUUACUUCAGACAACAAUGGCAGGAUGCUCGGUUAGCUUAUAAGAACCAUUUCCACGAAGAAAAAAUUACUUUGGGAGGAGCAAUCCUAAAACAACUUUGGCUUCCACAGACCUAUUUUGUCAACAAAAAGGGGGCCAGCGCAAGUACAGAUGCCAAUUUUUUUGUGCGAAUUUUUCCCGAUGGAUCCGUACUUGUGAUCACUAAGUAUGUGGAAAAAGACUUUCGUCUAAACUUAGCAGGGGUCAAAUUGGUUUUGUUUUACUUAUUUUUGUGAUUUCUUAAUAAAAACUGCGCCCAACUAGAUUGAGAACUUAACUCAAUCGUGACUUGCCAAACCGCGUUUUAAGCCUUCUUGAGUUUACAAAAAAGGAAGAAAUUACUUCAUGAAAAACAAUUACCAUCAUUAUUACUUUUAUCAUCAUCAUUUUUAUUACUAUUAUAAACCUGGCGAUUCCAGUAGACCCUGCCGAUCGUUUCCGAAAAUCACUGACGUACUGUCGAAGGUUAUCUUUAAUAAUCCGAAUACUUUUUGGGAUCUUCAAACAUUUGAAGAAUAAAUGGGCUCCAUUUUUUUUUCUCAUAAGAAAUACUCUGACGAUGGACUGCUACAUGGAUUUAAGAAACUUCCCAUUUGAUGUCCAGAAGUGCAACUUGACUUUGGAGAGCUGUAAGUUUACAAUUCAUAACUUUAUAUGCUAAGACCAAUUCCCAUUUCCAACCUUAUAGGGGCAUUUGUCAAUGAAGUGUCGAGAGUGAUCUGGGAUUGCAUUGGUGUUGGAAGUCACCUCGUAAUUGGUCCAGAAAACUCACGCCACUCUUUCAACCAAUCAGAUGCAAGACUAAAACUAUUCAUUACUUGUUCGCCUGCGUUUCCCGCGCUUGAGGCAGUUGCUUGUUUUUACUUCCAGUUCUUAUUGACUCUUGAGGGCAUCUUCCUUUUCUUCUAAUUGGCUGAUUACCCCACUCCAUCGAAAAGCGCUAUACUUACACUAUACUUACACUAUACUUAUCAAUUUCUAUUCAUUUCUUUUCUCAAAAGUUGGAUUUACCACUAAAGAUGUGGUUUAUAAAUGGGUUUCGACGGACAGCAGCGAAGCAGUGGAAAAAGAUCCGGGGCUUACAACAUCAGAGUUUGAUAUUGGUCCUAUAAGAAUAUUCGAAUCCACUACGAUGUAUAAAACAGGUAAGACAUUGUUGAAGGCCAGUAAUUUCUACUCACUGACUUCCAUUAUCAGUCUACUGUGUACGUAAAAGAACAUGUUUUUAAAGGUUAGGUGACCCAUUUUUCAGUUAUUCUCUUUAUAUUUGCGCACAGAAUACACAAAAUAUACACAAGAUCUACACAAAUUCCUAAAAAACCACCCCCAACUCCCGACCAAUGAAAAGCUGCCUUCCUUAUAGGCUUGUUUUCAUUCAGAAUACUAUGUUCGUUUUAGGGCUGUUUUCUGGUCUAAAAAUGGAAUUGAAUUUCCAACGAAGAUCUAUUUAUUACUUGAUUCAAAUCUACGUGCCAAGUGCGAUGAUCGUGGUUCUUUCGUGGGUGAGUAAUGCUCUAAAAGUUGAAUAUCCUCAGCCUGACCAUAUUUUUCUGGCUUCUGACUUGUCCUGGGAGAGAAAAGAGGACUCCUCUUUUCUCUUCCAGGAGGAGGGGGAGGUGAUGUUGACAAGAGGGCAGUAUUGGUACCUUUUUUUCUUAGGAUGGGAAGGGAAGCGGAAGGAGUUUUAGCGUGGGAACUUAAUGAAGAUGAGCAAGAGUGCUGAAUAGAUAACUUAUAGUUCACACGGUAUUCGAGAUGACCACCAAAGAGCCUUCACCAAAUGAUGCCGAAAUUUCGUAAUUAUCAGUUCGCACUGCCAAAAUGAUCGGAAAAGGGUAAUUCUAAUCUAAAUUAUAAUAUCAUUAUUAUCAUUACUAUCAUUAUUAUUAUUAUAAUUACCAUUGUUAUCAUUAUUAUUAUCAGAUCUCCUUCUGGAUUGACAACCAGUCGAUUCCCGCCAGAACGGCGCUUGGCAUUACCACUGUGCUCGCCAUGACAACACUGCUAUUUGGUGUCCAGUCUUCUCUGCCCAGUGUGCCGUAUAUCAAAGCUGUAGAUCUGUUUAUGAUUGUAUCAUUUGCUGCUGUCUUCGUUGCACUGGUGGAGUUUGCGGUUGUUAAUUAUACGAGCAUGCGUGAGAAGGAGCAAAAGGAAUCAAGAGCCACGAAAAAUAAGUAUACUGUGGUAAGUCGUUAUCUUCCAUUCACGAGCAUGAAAUACUAUGGCAUGAUGGAUAAAAGUGCUACCAAGAGAAUAUGUCCUCUGGGUGGUACUCAUGGUGCCAUGAGAUUCCAUCCCACAAAGGUGUGAUACUUGUUCUCCCACAAGUUUCAUCAUUUCCCACUCUUUUCACCGGGCGCAGUACGCCAGUUUUCCCAGCUGUAAGUUUAGAUGCACGUGGUAGCUUUUAAAUGAUUUCCUGCCAGUUAUUCGCGUUUCCUGCAGAUAAAAAAUUUUCGUGAAGUUUGUGAAGGGUCACACUCCCUUUCUCCCUAAAAAUUGUUAAAAUUUUAUUUAUAUAUUUUUCCGUUUCGAAACGUGAUUGAACUUUUACCUCCACAAUAGAACCCAGACGUUGUUAUGCUAAACUUCCGCAAUUUGUCUUACGAGGGCGACGGAAAAGGUGAACAUCAUAUGCAAAAUGGCGUCGCCCACAACGGUACUGUGAAUGAUAUUGAGAACGACAACGCUGAUGUUCACAAGAUGGAAGAACUACACAGUAACGGUACCAUUGGUGAACACGCGCCACGUGAUCGCAAAGAUUCGUCGCGUGAUCUGUCGCAUGUCCUUGAACCUUCUCGCCCGAACAAGUGUCGCUGGCGAUGUAAAGUUACUGCCAAUGGAAUAGACGCUUGGUCACGUAUUCUGUUUCCUUUGGCGUACGGACUUUUCAUAGUAGCUUACUGGAUUAUUUAUUCAGCAAAUACGGAGAAAAGUUCCUGA